AUGUCCCAUUUUCACUUCUUCCCCAUGUUGCCAGCCGAGAUUCGCCUGCAUAUCUGGAGUCUCUCUCUCCCCUCCAGCCGUGUCAUUCGCAUCACCUGUGAUCGGGGUAUUAAACCGAAUUCCCGACGCUACGCCCGCGGCUUCCGCGCCAACCAUCCCAAUCCCGUACAGCUCCAGGUCAACCGGGAAGCACGCGAGGAAGCCCUACGGGAGUUUGUCCCCUACUUCCGUACGGAAGUCUCGCCACAUGCCUGCAUUUACCUUGCGCCCGAGCGGGACACGGUGCAUCUGGGGGAAGCGGUGCUAGCUUACCUUGGUGAGGCCGAGCGCGACGCUCUUCAACGCAUGAUCAUCGAGGUUCAUGAUUAUUUAUUGUUUGAGACGUAUGGAUUGGAGAGUCUAGGGUGCAUGCAGAGAUUAAAGGAGGUGGACUUGAUUGUCUCGCAGGCACCGGUGGCUUCGUACCACCGGCGUGAUACUGUUGAGGUGAUUAGAGAUGCUUUUGAGGAGUAUGUGAGAAAUCAUCCACAGUGGCAGAUACCUCACGUCAGGGUGCUGUCUGCUUUGGGGAAGCAGAUGGGCAGUUUUACCAUCGAUCCCGCGGAAAUUGAUACGGUACAACCAUCGGUCCUUUUCGAUGGACAUGCGGAAUGA